GAGAAUUAGAUGAGCAUGUGAUUCCUUCCCUACUCCAGUUUCCGUUUCCCUGCCCGCAGAACUUGACCUAAUGGUGUCCGGAAAAUUGCUUCAAGUAACUCGGCUGCUGUGGCGGACUUUCCUGGCUCCCCCUGGAUCGGCAUCCAUUGGGCGAAGCGAAUCAGUUUAAAGAUUAGAAGAUCAAAGCACGCCUUCCGAAGUCCGAACCCAACCUUACGCCGCCGCCACUAGCCCGCAGGGUCGGAUUGUUUGUUCUGCCGUCUGACCCAAAACCCUAGAGGCUGCUCCGCGGCAGAAUGGAGAUAACGAUCGCGUUCUCCGCCGAUUCCCCGCCGCUUCCGGUCAUCGCCGCAGCGAGGGUCGCCGGCGUGCCGCUCUCCACCGACCCCAGCCUCCCGCCAGGCUCCGCGCCUAUUUUCUGCUUCGAUUCCGGAUUGAAAUUGCAAGGAACAAACACACUCCUACGCUAUAUCGGGCGGGUUGCAGCAAUUCCCAAUUUCUAUGGCCAGGAUGCGCUUGAAUCAGGACAGAUUGAUGAAUGGCUUGAGUUUGCUCCAAUAUUUCUUUCCGGCCCAGAAUUUGAGGGUGCUUGUGCCCGUGUGGAUGGCUAUCUUACUCUGCGGACUUUUUUGGUUGGCUAUAGUUUGUCUGUUGCUGACAUAGCAGUAUGGUCAGGUCUUGCAGGUACUGGACAGAGAUGGGAAAGCCUUAGGAAAUCAAAGAAAUACCAAAAUCUAGUUCGUUGGUUCGAUAGCAUUGCAGCGGAAUAUGGUGAUCCUCUCAAUGAAGUCACAGCUGCUUAUGUUGGGAGAAGAGGGUUAGGAAAGUUACCUGCAGCUAAGCCUACUAGAGGAGUAUCAGGCAGUAAUCCUGCUUCAAAGGGAAAGGAGACAAAUGGGCCAAUUGUUUCAAAGGAAAAUGCUGCUGCAUUUGAAAUAGAUCUUCCUGGUGCAAAGAUUGGGGAAGUGUGUUUGCGAUUUGCCCCAGAGCCUAGUGGGUACCUCCACAUUGGGCACUCAAAGGCUGCUCUUCUGAACCAGUAUUUUGCUCAGAGAUACCAAGGACGGCUACUUAUUCGAUUUGAUGACACAAACCCUUCAAAAGAAAGCAAUGAGUUUGUAGAGAAUCUGCUAAAAGAUAUUGAGACAUUGGGCAUCAAAUAUGAUGCUGUUACUUACACAUCUGAUUAUUUUCCUCAGUUGAUGAAAAUGGCUGAAAGCUUGAUUCUGAAGGGAAAAGCAUAUGUGGAUGAUACACCUCGGGAGCAGAUGCAGAAAGAGAGGAUGGAAGGCAUAGAGUCAAGGUGCAGGAAUAAUACUGUUGGUGAGAAUCUGGCAUUGUGGAAAGAGAUGAUUGCAGGGUCUGAGAGAGGUAAGCAGUGCUGUUUACGAGGUAAAUUGGACAUGCAAGACCCAAACAAGUCGCUUCGAGAUCCUGUUUAUUACCGUUGCAAUCCAGAUCCUCAUCAUCGUAUUGGAUCCAAGUAUAAAAUCUAUCCAACCUAUGACUUUGCUUGUCCAUUUGUUGAUUCCAUUGAAGGUAUGACCCAUGCCCUUCGCUCGAGUGAAUAUCAUGAUCGCAAUGCACAGUAUUAUCGGAUUCUUGAGGAUAUGGGACUCCGGAAAGUCCAAAUAUAUGAAUUCAGCAGACUGAAUAUGGUAUACACGCUUCUUAGCAAGCGUAAACUUCUGUGGUUCGUUCAAAAUGGGAAAGUUGAGGGAUGGGAUGAUCCUCGGUUCCCUACCGUGCAGGGCAUAGUACGCAGGGGUUUGAAAAUUGAGGCAUUAAUACAGUUCAUUCUUCAACAGGGUGCUUCUAAAAAUCUGAACCUUAUGGAGUGGGACAAGCUUUGGACUAUCAAUAAGAAGAUAAUUGAUCCAAUAUGCCCAAGACAUACAGCUGUCCUUGAAGAAAAUCGUGUGAUAUUGCUUCUUAUAGAUGGUCCAGAGAAGCCAUUUGUCCGCAUUAUUCCUAGGCAUAAGAAAUUUGAGGGCGCUGGGACAAAAGCUACAACGUACACAAAGAGAAUAUGGAUUGAUUAUGCUGAUGCAUUAUCUAUCACAGAGGGUGAGGAGGUAACGUUAAUGGAUUGGGGAAAUGCUAUCAUAAAAGAAAUCAAGAAGGACAAUGAGAAGAUCACGCAUCUGAUUGGAGUUUUACACCUUGAAGGUUCUGUUAAAACAACAAAGCUGAAGCUUACGUGGCUUCCUGAAAUGGAUGAGUUAGUUCAUCUUUCGUUGGUUGAAUUUGACUACUUGAUAAAGAAGAAAAAGCUGGAAGAAGGAGAGGACUUUCUUGAUAACCUUAAUCCUUGUACCAGACGAGAAACUGCAGCCCUUGGGGAUUCCAACAUGCGUAAUCUGAAGCGAGGAGAGAUACUUCAGCUUGAAAGGAAAGGCUAUUACAGAUGCGACGUACCAUUCCUUAGACCUUCAAAGCCCAUUGUUCUUUUUGCAAUUCCAGAUGGUCGACAGCAGACAUCAUUGAACUGACUGCCAAGGUUCAUGCCGUAGGUUCUAAGAGAUGAAAGUUACUUUUUUUUUUUAAAAAAAAGUGGUAUAACAGUGGACCCUGGGUGCUUAAUACGUGAACGGUCUUUCGAAUUAAAGCUUAAAUUAUAGCUGCAGAUGGAGUUCUAUAGUGACCAGCAAGACAGCAAAAUGUUGAACAAAGAUUUUUAGCUGGCUUCUUUGCGGUUAUCAUAUUUUAGCUUUUUUGUUUGCUGUUGUAGAAUUUCUAGCUGUUUUCUUUCCUGAUCUCCUUUUGGGUUGCUGCAUCUUGUUGAUUUGAGUUACGUGGUUCAUCCAUGUUUUGUUCUAGAAAUCCAAAUAGUGUUCAUUGCACUG